AUGUCUUACUCGUCCAUGGCAGUCCGCUAUUUCACAGCUCCAAAGCCUCUGGGGGGCACUAUGGAUCCUUCCCGAAGCCAGUCAAACCUGGAGCCCAAGAUCAAACCUUCUUCCAAUCCAGCGAUGAUGAAUGGCCAUUCAUCUCCUGCCAAGCAAGAGAAGAAGGGCUUGACGUUUGCCAACCAGGACUCUUUGCCCAAGCUACCUAUCCCUGAUCUGGAAAGUACUUGCAAGAAGUAUCUCGAUGCCCUAUCGGCAUUGCAAUCUCCUAGAGAACAGGAAGAUACAAAGGCUGCCGUUCAGGACUUUCUCAGAACCGAUGGCCCGGCUCUUCAGGAGAAGCUGAAGAAUUAUGCGACGUCGAAGACGAGCUACAUCGAACAGUUCUGGUACGACUCUUACUUGAAUUAUGACAACCCUGUUGUCCUGAACCUCAACCCUUUCUUCUUACUGGAGGACGAUCCCACUCCUGCCAGAAACAACCAGGUGACCCGGGCUGCAUCGCUCGUCGUCUCUGCUCUCUCGGUCGUCCGAGCUGUCAGGCGGGAGGAACUGCCACCGGACACCGUCCGGGGAACGCCACUUUGCAUGUACCAGUACUCCCGACUCUUCGGAACCGCGCGUCUCCCUACAGACAAUGGAUGCGUUAUCAGCCAGGAUCCCCACGCUAAACAUAUCGUUGUCUUAUCUCGGGGCCAGUUCUACUGGUUCGAUGUUCUUGAUGACAACAGUGACUUGAUCAUGAGCGAAAAGGACAUCGCCGUCAAUCUGCAGGUCAUCAUUGGCGAUGCAGUGCAGACCCCGAUCCAGGAUGCCGCAAAGGGCGCCCUAGGUGUGCUGAGCACGGAGAAUCGUAAAGUCUGGUCGGGCCUGCGGGACAUUCUGACCAAGGAUGAGGGAUCCAACAACUCCGAAUGCCUGGACAUUGUGGACAGGGCCCUGUUCGUGGUCUGCUUAGAUUGGACCGAACCGGAGAACACGUCGCAGCUCUGCGCCAACAUGCUCUGUGGUACAAGCGAGGUCGUCAGGGGUGUUCAGGUUGGUACCUGCACCAACCGCUGGUAUGAUAAGCUGCAGAUCAUCGUGUGCAAGAACGGAAGUGCUGGGAUCAACUUUGAACACACCGGUGUGGACGGCCAUACUGUGCUGCGCUUCGCCAGCGACCUCUACACGGACACCAUUCUCCGCUUUGCGAAGACCAUCAAUGGUCAGGCUCCGUCGCUGUGGGCCACCACCAGCCCAGAUCCCUCGAAGCGUGAACCCCGGAGCUUCGGCAAUGUGAGCACCACUCCCCGGAAGCUAGAAUGGGACAUGGUGCCCGAGUUGAGCAUUGCCCUGCGAUUUGCCGAGUCGCACCUCGCCGAUCUUCUCCAGCAGCAUGAGUUUGCCGUCCUCGACUUUGAAGGGUACGGCAAGAAUUUCAUCACUUCGAUGGGCCUCUCGCCCGAUGCGUUUGUGCAAAUGGCCUUCCAGGCCGCCUACUACGGGCUGUAUGGGCGCGUAGAAAACACCUACGAGCCCGCAAUGACGAAGUUCUUCCUCCACGGCCGCACCGAGGCCAUCCGCUCGGUCACGAAUGAAUGUGUUGAUUUCGUGCGGACCUUCUGGGCCGACAACCCGGCCGAGCAAAAGGUCGACGCCCUCCGCAAAGCGACAGAGAAGCACACCGCCAUCACCAAGGAAUGCUCCAAGGGACAGGGUCAGGACCGCCACCUGUAUGCUCUGUACUGUGUCUGGCAGCGAUCCUUCGACGAGGGGAGCGCUUCUGCGGGCAGCAGUGUCGAUUACGGAUCGAACGGCUACUCGAGUCCUGUGGAGAACGGUUCGGCCAGCGGCUCGCCCCCGACGACGUCGUCGAUGUCGGAGGACGGACUCUCCUCGAACGGCUACAGCUACCGCGGUGCUCGCACCCUGCAACCUACCCCCGCCAUCUUCAGCGACGCCGGGUGGGACAAGAUCAACAACACGAUCCUGUCGACCUCCAACUGCGGCAACCCAUGCCUGCGACACUUUGGAUUCGGUCCGACCUCGGCGGAUGGAUUCGGCAUCGGCUAUAUCAUCAAGGACGAUUCGAUCUCCAUCUGCGCCUCCUCCAAGCACCGCCAAACGGCGCGGUUGAUGCACACCUUGGAGUCGUAUCUGUUUGAGAUCCGCAAGCUGCUGCGCGCCACGAACCGCAAGGCCCCCAGCCCGCGCACCAGCCGGGCCCGGGAGACGGAGAUGCUCGCCGAGCAGUUCCAUAACGAGCACCGCCGGGGCCGCAUCGUCCGCGGGGACACGGGCUCGAUCCGGGGCACCGAGACGCCGACGACGUACAGCGGCGAUUUGGAGGACGACGGCAUGGGUGGAUAUGGCUUUUUCGACGCCGGCAUGCUGCUCCAUGCUCUGAAGGGCCUGAACGUGGAUCGCGAACGAGGCGACAAACCGGCGAAACGCCGGUUUGUGGGCAAGAAGUUACGGCUGAACGACUACUGA